GAAAAAAAAAAAGAAGGGAAAUCGGUGUGUUCCCGUCUCUCCCAGCUUCACGUGAAGGAGAAGCACCUCACUUCAGAUGAAAUCGAGCGCACAUGCAUCAUCGUGAGUGAGGUCUCUUGGCUGCUCUUUAUCUUCCUCGGCUUUCUUCGCCAUGGGAAGACCUCCCAGCAAUGGUGGCCCUGCUUUUCGUUUCACGCCUCCUGAGGUGCCAUUACUUGGCCAGAUUUUUGUCUAAACACGUUAUUGAGAUGGAAGCUAUUUUACAACAACACAACAAUACCAUGCCAGCACGGGAAGUUCUUGUAGCUCUUGCAGAGAAGUUUAGUAAUGCGCCCGAACGGAAAGGGUUAGCUGUGCAGAUGAAGCAAGUCUGGAAUUGGUUCCAGAAUAAACGGUAUUCAAUCAGGGCAAAAACAAGUAAGGUUCCUGGAAAGUUAAAUGUUUCUCCUUUUACUCGGGAUGACUCGAUUCCAGUGAGGAAUGUCAUGCAACCUAUGGCUGCUCCAGUUUCUGCACCUAUGCCUGCUCCAACCGUUCCACCAAGUGCAGGAAGGGCUGCUUCGGAUAAUACUAUGGAGUUUGAAGCUAAGUCAGCGAGGGAUGGUGCAUGGUAUGAUGUGUCGACCUUUUUGGCGCACAGGAAUUUGGAGAGUGGUGACCCGGAAGUACUGGUAAGAUUUUCUGGUUUUGGAGCUGAGGAGGAUGAGUGGAUUAAUAUUCGUAAGCAUGUCAGGAUGCGCUCUCUCCCUUGUGAAUCAUCGGAAUGUGUUGCUGUACUUCCGGGAGAUCUCAUACUCUGUUUUCAGGAAGGUAAAGAUCAGGCACUGUACUUUGAUGCUCAUGUCCUUGAUGCGCAAAGACGAAGGCAUGACGUAAGAGGUUGUCGAUGUCGAUUUUUGGUGCGUUAUGACCAUGAUGAAUCAGAGGAAAUCGUGCCUUUAAGAAAGGUGUGCCGGCGGCCUGAAACUGACUACAGGCUGCAGCAGCUGCAUGCGACUGAUUCGGCCUCUGCAGACCAGCCAAAAACUGGCAUAGACUCAUCAACUGGUUUGACCCCUCGAACUGUCAGUUCUGCUGAAAUGCCGCAAAAGCAGCAAGUGACAUGCGCAUCUCCCAUGACCCCUGUUUCAUGCGAAAGCGUGCCAUCAGUUACCGGAGCCGCCAACGUGGAAAGAAAAGCUACUCCUGAAGCAGGCAGCAUAAUCCAGACCGGAAGUCCUAACAUUCCUCCCAGUGCUGCUGCGGUUAGCAGCGCCACUCCUGCUGGCUCUGCUGACCAAGAGCCGGAACUAAAAUAGGUCUUUUGUCAUCGCCCACGAAAGAAGCUUUUCCUUUUCUUUUUGUCCUUUCUUUUCUGUGGAUAGCAGCAAUACUCUUGGAACUCUUUGGUAAGCUAGUGAUCAUUCUGCCGGUGGCCUUCAGCUUGUCGAUCGUGGUCGAUCUCUAUGUUGACAAGAAUUUGUACAUCUGGUGCUAAUCAUGUUCCCAGAUAAUUACUUCUA